UAUACUAACUUUGUUUACAAUUAUUUGUCAUGCUAAUAAUGCACAUUACAUUAAGGUGAUUAAAGUGCAGGGGGAUAUUAACAAGCUGUGAAAGGGUGUUGUUUAGGGUGGCAAGCUGUGGCAUGUGAGGUAAGGAAAUGAGGGCAGAGGAGUGAGUGGACACAUGCUUCUGUGCAUGAGUGAUUGAACUGUGAUAGAGUCUAGAUGAGAUAAAGUAUCAUCAGGCAGAAAGUUCUCUCUCAUCAGUCUAAUAGGUUUGGUUAAUGUUCACCCUACAGUAGGGUUCAAAAGUCAAGCAUUUGUGUGCAAGACACAAACCAGUAAAAACCAAGAAAUUAAAACUGGGAGAUCUGAGACAACAGAGCGGAAACCAUGAUCACAAUCACAGAGUUUCAAAAAAUCGGUGUGGGUCUGUCAGGAUUUGGCAUGUUCUUUGUACUGUUUGGGAUAAUGCUGUACUUUGACUCGGUCCUGUUGGCAUUUGGAAACAUUCUGUUUCUGUCUGGUUUGGCCUUCAUCAUUGGCUUGAGGAGGACGGCCCACUUCUUUUUCCAGAGACAGAAGCUCAGAAGCUCCGCCUUCUUUUUAGGAGGCGUGGCUUUAGUUCUACUAAGAUGGCCUCGUAUUGGGAUGCUAGUGGAGACCUAUGGCUUUGUGCUUCUAUUUAAGUCAUUCUUUCCAAUGGCUUUUGGAUUUCUCGCAACAGUCUUAAACAUUCCUUUUUUAACUAUGAUUUUAAACAAGUUAUCUGGAAGUAGUUCCUCAAUGGUGUAAGAGCAGAUGCUGGAAAUCUGGAGGUGCUUUUGCAGUGAACUGUGCACAUUUUAGUUGUUGUUUUUUAAGUAUAUGAUGGAGAGAUGUCAGUUUAUUUUAUUUUUAAUAUUUUAGCCUAUUUACACUAGUUAUACUUUAUAAUAUGUUGAAUAAACUGACCAAACAUGCCCAAUGUUCUACUCAAGAAUAUUUUAGCAUUCUUUUAUUUAAAUACAUAUCUAAAAAAAAAUCUGAAUUUGAAGUGCACAAGACAAAUGCAAGUAGAUUUCUCUUGACGUGAACACAAACAAAAAGUAAAAUGUCCUGUGAUCUCUAAAAGCUUGUUGAUGUGCCCUCAGCCCAUCAAGUUAUGAAUACAUAUUUUAGAGCUUGCAGUGCUUUUCCAAUCAUCUUAUUUCUAUUUGAUCUGUCU